GCAAGAUGGCUGCGCUCGAGUCCGGCUCUUCCUCCCCGCAGCCCGGCGGCCAGUAUUGCCUGGUGAGCGGCGUUCCGGCCCAGCUUCGCUCCGCCGAUCUCCGUUCGUAUUUCAGCCAGGCCGUCGAGGCCGACGCCUUCCUCUGUUUCCAUUACCGGCACCGCCCCGAGCGCAGGGAACCGGGGCCGGGCGUGCCUUCGCUACCAGGCCCGACCUGUUGCUGCUUAGCGAUGGUGAGGCCCGGUUGGUCCCGCCGCCUCGUCCGUUUGUACUCGGGGAAGCGCUGGAUCGACAAGCAAGGAGAGACGCUUCCCGGUCGGUGCGUUAUUCGAAGAGUUCGGAUUUCCCCAGACAGAGAUGUUGACUUGUUUCCAUAUAAAACCAAAACGGAGCUCAACAAAGUAUCAAAGGAAGCUUUCACCCAGGAUGAUCUAAGACAGCUGCCUGAAUUGAACCCUCCUCCAUUUAUGCCCCGUGGGAAUGUAGGAACACCUAUGAAAGUCUUCUUAGAUCUCAUCAAAGCUUGUCGGAUGCCUACCCGUGCUAUUAGGAAACUGCAGUUGCAGUUCCUCAAGUCUGGCUCUUCUCGUAGGUAUGGAAGUGUACCAUUCACAUAUGAAGAAACUGAAACUGUUGUAGAAGAGGAACGAGUUUAUACAGCUACAGGAGAAGAGAUAACAGAAGGAAAGCCCUUGUCAGAAGUGAGAAUGGCUAACCAAGGCAGUGACACAGAGAAGAGAGACCAGGCAGAUUCAGAGAAGGAAGCAGGAGAAGAAUCUCAGUUGGCUGAUGAUGAUGAUGACGACGACAGAUGUGAAGAAUGGGAGCGACAUGAGGCCUUGCACGAGGAUGUCACCAGCCAGGAGCGCACAAAGGAACGUCUGUACGAGGAGGAGAUCGAACUGAAGUGGGAGAAGGGAGGCUCUGGGUUGGUCUUCUAUACGGAUGCACAGUACUGGCAGGAUGAAGGAGCAGAUUUUGAUGAGCAGACUGCAGAUGACUGGGAUGUGGACAUGAGCAUCUAUUAUGACAAAGAUGGUGGUGACAAGGAUGCUCGGGAUUUGGUCCAGAUGCGGUUUGAACAGAGACUUCGGGAUGGAUUGGAAGAUGGGUCUGUUCUGAACCGACAGAUUGGGAACUUUGAAAAACAUACCAAAGGUAUUGGCAGGAAAGUGAUGGAGAAGCAGGGCUGGUCCGAGGGCCUUGGCCUGGGAAGCAGUAAUUCGGGGAUCGCUGAAGCACUAGACAAUGAGGGCCAGGACCCCAAAUGCAAGAGGGGCUUUGGAUACCAUGGUGAGAAGCUCCAGACAUUCACCAAGCGUAAGAAACCACAUGAGGAUAGCUGCAGCCUAAUCUCCACCAUCUAUGAUGACCCCCAUCCUGUAGACAUGGAAGAGCAACUGCUCCGGCGCCAGUUACCGAUCAGCAUGAAGUAUCGGCGAGAUGCACUCUUUCCUCAGGCCACACACACUGUUUUCCAGAGCUCCAGUUCCUCUUGAGGAGUGAACAGCCUGGAGAAGUUUUUGGACAGUGUUUUCUGUUGCAAUGACAGACUUUCUUCUUACUGAUAAAUUGUUCUAGCCACCUAUUUUUUUAGUUAAUGGAAAAGGAAUUAAGUCAGGGGAUAAUGUGAAUUAUUUGUAUUUAAAAUAUUGGCAGAUGUG